AUGGCAGCCGUGGCACGGCUUGUGGCUCUGACCCUGGCGAGCUCGGCUUGGGCCGGCGCUGUCAGCAACAGCACCUGCUUGCUGCAGCGCAAGUCGAACGUCUCCUCGCUGACGAACACGUCGGUCUUGAGUGCCACUCAGGGGUACCAACAUUGGUACUGCGGCUCCACCUCGUUGGACAAGGAUGAUGGCCUCCGGACUGACUGGGGCGAUUUAGACAUCACGUACGUGAAUCGCGACGACGAUGCCUUCGACGACACGCGCCCCCCGAACUUCAGCGGAGCGACUGUGAACCGGAAUAUCUUUUUCAUGGCGGUGGCAGGCAUCGGAUAUUCUGUGGACAAGGUGGAGGUGAAGACCCAGUGCUACAACACGAACGGUGACAAGUUCACAGAAACCACCUCCAAAGGCACGAAUCUGCCGGUGGGGACCGCGGGUGUGUGGCAGGUACCGGCAAAGUGGCUUCCCCUUGGCGGCAGCGCCGUGUACUGUGACUACCGGUUUCGCGUCACGGCUCUUUGGGGCGAGCGGAAGAAGAAGUGGAUCAAGGGCGCAGACUAUGGGGACGAGUUCAUUGUGGUGAAGAUGACGGGAACCACCCAGAACGUGAAGCUGGACAUCAAGAAGAGCCCCAGCCACGUGAAGUGCUGGGAUACGCUGUAA